GAGAGAGAGAGAGAGAGAGAGAGAGAGAGAGAGAGAGAGAUUGUAACUUCAGAAAAUGACUGAACUCAAGAUCCAUCUGUGAACAGACAGAGGGGAGAAUCUUGACAGAGCCCUUCAUUUUGCUGAAAGGAAAGCCGGUGGUCUCUGAGACUGAGAGGUGUUGUGUGCCCUUAUUUGACUGUCAAAUGCACAGAUACGACAUGUUGACAGAAAGCAGAAAACGCAGACGCAGCUGUGAUGCUGAGGAGCUUCAGGUCUUGCCCCAGGCAAAGAGGUGUGGAGGUUAUUCCUUUCUCCCCGAGGUUGGCAGUGAUGUCUGGGACUCUGAGUCUUCCAGCAGUGACAGCAGUGGGAUCAGCAGCCCGGAGCGGAUGGCAGGAGCCAGUUCCAACAUCCAGAACACUUACCAAAGAGGACUCCAUGUAUCCCAGGCUCCCUGCAGCCCCAUUGCCCCCACCAUCUCAGCAGAAGAGCCGGCCGUCUCCUUGAGCCACAACGUCUCAUACGAUCACAUCAACCGUAUCUUAAGGGAGGCCCACUUCAGUAGCUUGCAAACUCAUGGUCAACAAGGGCAGACGUGACUCUUCCAGCACCCAUUGGCAUUAAGGAACAAUGUACAGGGGACCUUUUAGAGGGCCAUUAUGGGCCAUUUGAAGGCCUAGCACAAAUAUAGGCCCUCUAAAUGCAUUUGUCUUCUUUCUUAUAGCACUUUUUCAUGUUCAUAGUGUUUAUGUGGGGCUCUACUUGAUGUGUUGACCAUGAACUUCACAUAGGUGCUACAUAAAAGAAAUAUCUUGAAAAUUGUCACGUUCUUGCAAGAUUAUGUAAGCUUUUGCCCUUUACUAGACAGUCACACAUGGUGCUACUGCAGUUCUGGGUCACGUUUUAUUCAGACACAUGCAUUUGGCCAAUUCUGACACUCUUUGUCCGGUCUAGAAAAGGAAAAGAAAUCAAAUAAUUUCCUGUAUUUAAGAGCUGAAGUCUAGAAACCAUGCGAUUAUAAUGCAGCCCUGCUUUGGAGUCAUUCCAUGACGAUUAAUAAUGCUGUUGACGUGUGAACAGAAGAUUCCGGUUUGGUUCUGACUGGAAUUUAGACUCUUUCAGGAAGUUUUUGGGGCUUGAUGAUUGCUUGCAUAUCCAAAACUCAGGUCUAGAGGAUUUCUCUCUGCAUGCCAUGAAGGUUCAGACUUUAAAGAUGGAACUUGGUGCCAGAUCCUUAGAAUUUUUAUAUCACAUAGUCUCUCUUUAACUUUACCUUAGAAAAAACACAUAUUAUCAGAGAGACUAUUCUGAAAAUGCAUGCUGGACUCAGGUCUGUUAAUGUGCAUAAUGAAGCACUCUUUGUCUAUGAAUUUAAAGGUGUAAACCAAUGAAUCAUUGUGCAAAUCCAGUAACUGCAAAUUGAAAGCCAUGUCUGAUAUUCACACAAGAAUUUCCUGGUUUCAUUUUGCAAUAAUCAGAGCUGGAAAUAAACUAGUUUAGAUCAGUCACUGCACUCCCUGUAAUACGAGGAUUCGUCUUCUAUGGGCAGACCAGGAAUGACCUAAAAUUAGCUUGCACCUAACUAAGCACUCUAACAGUAUCACGUCACUGCAAGAUACUAAAUAUUUUACCAUAAAAUAUCAAUACAACCCAUUUAUGCCUGUGUUUGACCAAUAUACAUGAUUCUUUUCACAUGGUGUAGUGCUCCUAAAUUUAGUAUAGUUCAGUUCAUUUUAGACAUACAUCCUCAACAAAAUUUUGAAGCUUAGUCCAAACAGAUUGUAUGAGGACAGUUACAUCAUUUCAAGCAGGUGAUCUAAUUGUGUACGAGAUACUGAUGUACUUUAAACUACUCCGUGCACAAUACUGUACAUCCCAGGCACUAUAUGCUUUGUGUGAAAGACCAUUGGCUUCUGAUGAUGAAAAUCGUCCCUGCGGUCACCAUUGUUUUGUAUGUAGGACUGUAUAUAAUAUAUAGCUAGCAUAUAUACAAUAUUUGAAAUCAUUGUUAUUUUAUUAAAUGUUC